AUGGACGACUUCCCUUCAUGCGCGUCAGAGCUGCGUAAACAAAAGCAAGCACAGGGCUUAUCGCUGGCCAUGAAUACUCCCUCGCCCAUUCCAGCAAAAACCGCAAAGCCCAAAAGCUAUGCUGCGGCACUCAGGGCACCACGGCCGCCACCUGGACCAACACCGCUCACAUGGGGAGCGUUAGAUCGCCUCGAUGUCAAGAAUUUCAAAGAAGAGGUGCGAGGUGCGAACUCCUGGACCAGUGAAGAGCCAAAACGUCGAAUCAAGGAAUGGAUUUUCCGGGUCAGAGCUCUGCAGAAUGGAAAGGAAUUGGUUCAUCCGGAGAACCCACCCCAGUCAAAAUAA